AUGAGGUUAGCACAACACAACAUAUGCAAUCACAUGCAUAUUGAUGCUAUAGCCUUAAGACUAACCGUACCCCAAUCAAACAAGAACAGGCGCCUAGGUGCAUUAGCCACAUUCUCUGCCCACGCCUGUGAAGGUUCACGCUCAUCCGGAAUCACACAGAAACUAGAUGAACGCCUUCACCCGGGCACUACAGUCCAUCGCGGUACCCGGUUCAUCCUUCCAUCUAUUGGCCUUACUGGCGCACCAUGCCAAUGUCUGGUUGGAUCCCAUAUCGUCAUAUGGUACCAUACUCGGCCAAGGCAGCUGACCAGGUUAUCCUCCGAGUCUUCCUCCCUUCAUGCACAGCCUCCUCGUUGCCAAUCUAACCUCUAUAGCGAGGUGCUCUCUAGCUUUGGGAAUGGAAUGGUUUGGACUUGGGGCUGGAGGAGCGUAUUUAUAGGAGUUCAGGAGGCUGCCUGGCUUCUUGGGACGUCUCCAGUCAUGCGCAGACACAUGGAGACCUAG